ACGUCAUAUUAAUUAAUCAACACAGAGAAAUUCGAGAAAUACACUGAAAGUAUUAAUUUGUAUAGCUCCUUUAUGCUUAUCUAGUCAACCUGAGGCUUCUAUAACAGAGCUUGCAGUGACCUACUGUUGUAUUACCAACUAAAAAGCUAAAAUAUCCUCCAAAAUGUCGUACGAGUCCACCGGCGAGUCGUCUCGAAUCAAUCAUCUCAGAGGACAAGUAGAUGAGGUGAAAGGUGUGAUGGUACAUAACAUCGAGAAGGUCACACAGAGAGGAGACAAGUUAGAGGACCUCGGAGAGAGAGCAGAGUAUCUUAACCAGAAUGCUGACAUGUUCCAGCGCACUGCCACUAGGCUGAGGCGUAAGCUGUGGUGGCAGAACGUGAAACUGUGGAUUAUCCUCAUCGUAAUACUGUUGGUCAUCCUGGCUGUUAUUAUCAUCAUUAUUGUGGUGGCAGUCACUCAAAGCAAGUAAAAUUGAUGUUAGGGAACGGACUGAUCUUAGUUAACGUAUGUACUGCUGCUAAUAAGCUAUUAUUUGUGUUGCCAAGUGUGCUUUAUAUAUACAAUGUAGACCCAAAUAAAAACCAAACCUGUUUUAAUUUUCAAUAUAUCUUAUUACUGUGUGUGUCAUCUACUAUAAUAUUGCAUAGAGGUGUAUAAGUGAUACUUUUUGUCAAUGAA